AUGGAAUCCCUGAAUUCUGCCGGAAGUCAGGCGGACAACGUGCGAACGUUGUUCGUCUCCGGGCUCCCCAUGGAUGCCAAGCCCCGAGAGCUAUAUCUACUCUUCCGGGGAUACCCUGGCUAUGAGAGCUCCUUGCUGAAGAUGACGGCAAAGAAUGGAAAGUCCACAUCCCCCGUCGGGUUCGUGACGUUCGCGACGCGGCAGGACGCGGACGAGGCGCGAAAGGCGCUGCAGGGCGUCCGGUUUGACCCGGAGUGCGCGCAGACGAUUCGGCUAGAGUUGGCAAGGAGUAAUACCAAGCUAAUGGCGCUCGCCAACGCUCAACUCUCGGCCCCCCAGCACCUCCAGAUGCUCCCCAUGGCCGCCCUGCAGCAGCUGGCCGCCCAGCAGCCCGCCCUCCUCGCCCUCGCUCAACAACAACAGCAACAGGCUCAAUUCGCCCAGCAGCUCGCCCAACAUCAGCAGUACGCGCAGACAGCCGCCGCCCAGGCCGCUCUUAUGUCGCAGGCUGCAGCUGCACACACGGCGGCCGCCGCCACGGCGUCCACGUCGACAGCCCCGCCAUGCUCGACAUUGUUCGUCGCCAACCUGUCGGCCGGCGUCAACGAGGAGGAGCUGAGGACAUUAUUUAAGUCGUUCUCCGGGAUGGUCCGAUUGCGGCUACACGCCAAGGGCAGCUCGGCAGUGGCGUUUGUGGAGUACUCUGACAUCCGGUCGGCCACGCAGGCCAUGCUCAACCUGAAUGGCCACUCCGUCUCCUCAAACGAGCGCGGGUCGAUGCGAAUCGAGUACGCGCGGAACAAGAUGGCCGAUUUGAGU